AUGUACCUUGCAUGGAAGAAGGAUGCCUCGAGUGUUCACAUCUCGUGGCAGACCUACUUCAAGAACAUGGAAGACGGCAACAUGCCCAUCUCCCAGGCCUUCACUCCUCCCCCUACCCUCGUCCCCACCCCUACCGGCGGUGUUCCUCAGGACAUGCCCGGCCAGGGUCUCACUGCUGGCACUGAUGUCACCAACCACUUGAAGGUUCAGUUGCUCGUCCGUGCCUACCAGGCCCGUGGCCACCACAAGGCCAAGAUUGAUCCUCUCGGAAUCCGUGGAGAGGCCGAGGCCUUUGGCUAUGAUAAGCCCAAGGAGCUCGAGCUGGACCACUACGGUUUCACCGAGAGUGAUUUGAACCAGGAGUUCGCCCUUGGACCCGGUAUCUUGCCUCGUUUCAUCACCGAUGAGCGCAAGAAGAUGACUCUGCGCGAAAUCAUCGCCGCCUGUGAGAAGAUCUACUGCUCAUCUUACGGUGUUGAAUACAUUCACAUUCCCGAUCGCAAGCCCUGCGAGUGGAUCCGUGACCGCUUCGAGAUCCCGCAGCCGUACAACUACUCUGUUGACGACAAGCGCCGCAUCCUCGACCGUCUUAUCUGGUCUUCCAGCUUCGAGGCCUUCCUGGCUACCAAGUUCCCUAACGACAAGCGUUUCGGUCUGGAGGGUUGCGAGACUCUGGUUCCCGGUAUGAAGGCCCUGAUCGAUCGUUCCGUCGACUAUGGCGUCAAGGACAUCGUCAUUGGUAUGCCUCACCGUGGUCGUCUCAACGUUCUGUCCAACGUCGUUCGCAAGCCCAACGAGUCCAUCUUCAGUGAGUUUGCUGGCUCUACCGAGCCCUCCGAUGAGGGAUCCGGUGAUGUCAAGUACCACUUGGGUAUGAACUUCGAGCGUCCCACCCCCUCCGGUAAGCGGGUGCAGCUGUCUCUGGUUGCUAACCCCUCCCACUUGGAGGCUGAGGACCCCGUCGUCCUCGGAAAGACCCGUGCCAUCCAGCAUUACAACAAUGACGAGACCCACUACGACACCGCCAUGGGUGUUUUGCUGCACGGUGACGCUGCCUUCGCUGCCCAGGGUGUCGUCUACGAGACCAUGGGAUUCCACUCCCUCCCCGCCUACUCGACCGGUGGUACCAUCCACCUCGUCGUGAACAACCAGAUCGGUUUCACCACUGAUCCCCGUUACUCCCGCUCUACCCCCUACUGCUCUGACAUUGCCAAGUCCAUCGACGCUCCCGUUUUCCACGUGAACGCCGAUGAUGUCGAGGCUGUCAACUACGUCUGCCAGGUCGCUGCCGACUGGCGUGCCGAGUUCAAGCGUGACGUUGUCAUUGACAUGGUCUGCUACCGUAAGCAGGGUCACAAUGAGACUGAUCAGCCUUCGUUCACCCAGCCCCUGAUGUACAAGCGCAUUGCCGAGCAGAAGGCUCAGCUCGACAAGUACGUCGAGAAGCUGAUUGCCGAGGGUACCUUCACCAAGGAGGAUAUCGAUGAGCACAAGAAGUGGGUCUGGGGAAUGCUCGGCGACAGCUUCGACCGUAGCAAGGACUAUCAGCCUACCGGCAAGGAGUGGCUGACUUCCGCCUGGAACAACUUCAAGUCCCCCAAGGAGUUGGCCACCGAGGUCCUGCCCCACCUGCCCACCGCUGUUGGUCCGAAGUCCCUCCAGCAUAUUGCCGACAAGAUCUCCGGCACUGGUGUUCCCGAGGGCUUUGAGCUCCACCGCAACCUCAAGCGUAUCUUGGCAGGCCGCAAGAAGGCCGUCGAUGAGGGCAAGAACAUCGACUGGGCUACUGCUGAGGCUCUCGCCUUCGGUACCCUCGUUGAUGAGGGUUAUCACGUCCGUGUCUCCGGUCAGGAUGUUGAGCGUGGUACCUUCUCUCAGCGUCACGCCGUUCUGCACGACCAGCAGACCGAGCGCAGUUACACUCCCCUGAAGCACAUCAGCGAAAAGCAGGGUAGCUUCGUCAUCUCUAACUCCUCCCUCAGCGAGUUCGGAUGUCUCGGCUUCGAGUACGGUUACUCUCUGACCUCCCCCAACGCCCUGGUUAUGUGGGAGGCCCAGUUCGGUGACUUCGCCAACAACGCUCAGUGUAUCAUUGACCAGUUCAUCGCCUCUGGUGAGUCCAAGUGGCUGCAGCGUUCCGGUCUGGUCGUCUCUUUGCCCCACGGCUAUGACGGCCAAGGUCCUGAGCACUCUUCCGGCCGCAUGGAGCGUUGGCUGCAGCUUUGCAACGAGGAGCCUCGCGUGUUCCCCUCUGCCGACAAGCUCGACCGCCAGCACCAGGACUCCAACAUGCAGAUUGUCUGCAUGACCACUCCUGCCAACUUGUUCCACGUCCUCCGUCGCCAGAUCCACCGCCAGUUCCGCAAGCCUUUGGUCAUCUUCUUCUCCAAGGCUCUGCUGCGUCACCCCCUUGCCCGCUCUGAUAUUGAGCAGCUCAGCGGCGAGUCCCACUUCGAGCCCAUCAUCCCUGACCAGGCUCACGGCAGCUCCAUUGACUCUCACGACAAGAUUGAGCGCGUCAUCAUGUGCUCUGGACAGGUCUAUGCUGCUUUGGCCAAGCACCCUGCACCCUUCCCUUGGGCUCAGCUGAAGGAGAACCUGGAUAGCUACCCCAACGCCAAGGACAUUGUCUGGUGCCAGGAGGAGCCUCUGAACGCCGGUGCCUGGUCUUACGCCCAGCCCCGUAUCGAGACCCUUCUCAACGCUACUGAGCACCACAACCGCCGCCACGUCCUGUACGCCGGUCGCGCUGGCAGUGCCUCCGUCGCCACUGGUCUCAAGGCUGUCCACCUCAAGGAGGAGCAGGAGUUAUUGGAGGAUGCUUUCUCCGUCCAUCAGGAUCACCUGAAGGGCGAGUAA